AUGUUGGACGCGUUUGAAGAAGAUUUUUACGAUGUGGAGAAAGCGCUCGAAAAGAUCGUCGGCAGUGACAAUUAUAACUGUGCGAUCAGUACGUGUACGAGUACUGCUAGUCCUCCCGGUUCCACUCCUUUUGAACCAGCUACGAGGAGAGCUACAACCAGCAAUGGCGGUCGUUAUCAUGCGGAUAGUACAACAAGUUCUAGUACCUGCAAAAAUCGCAGUUCAAGCUCGACCUCUCCAAGGGCAACAUCUUCGCCGCUUGACAUCGGCAAGAACAAGCAACCAGCCACGACAACAAGAACUCCUCGCGCUUUACAAAUCAGCGCGGAGGUGCCGCUCGUCCUCCUCGAUUUGCGCAAUUUGCUGGUCGUGGCAGCGUGCAUUCUGGAUGUGCGGCGCGACGUGGUUUCCCCAUCGAUAGGCAUCUUCGAGUCGGUCGGUGAUUUGCUGUAUGACGAUAGGAAAUACCUAAGCCAAAAUCACGACGUUUGCGAGUACCACGCGAGACUGGUGCCGCUUUUGGAGCAAACACCUCUAUAUGAUGCUAGUUUCGAAGAUGCGGAACCGGAAGGAGGACUACAGAGGGAAAUCAGAAAAUCGCCAACGGAUAGUUAUACUAGUACGACCACAACGGGGCUGGGGCUGCAGCAGGGGAGCGAUCAGAACUACGUCAAAAAAGAGAAUCAUCAUGCAGAGGAACCUCCACUAGCACUACCACUGCCGGACGUGUCACUCUUAGCCAGCACUCUGAUGACGAAAAACCUCAAUGAUUUGGAGCAAGUGGACGUCGAAGGAAGCUACGACCUCGGCUUUGCAGGUGGUUCAACAUCUCCGUAUCACCACGAAGCCCCACAACUGCUGUUCCACGCUGCUGGUAGCGGGACGACAACUGCUGCUAGACGGGCUAGAGUCCUAUCGUCUGCGAACGCCAUCGCCCCGGUUGUGUCGCAAGGUAAGCUCCGCUACCUCCUCACCAGAACGCGUGCAAGGUUGAAACGAGUGGGAAAGCUUGAGAAGGCGCUGUAUGCGCGGUUGAGCGCGCCAGAAUACGUGGUGCCAAACGAAAGUUUGGAAAAAAAAAUUACGCACGGAUUUUCCCUAGCGCAUUUUUAUCAGAAGGACGGAAUCGACACUAGUGGAACAAAGAACGGCUUCUAUGAUCGUUCUACUUCGCAAAACAGAACAAAUGGAAAAUAAGAAUAAGUAACUGAAAUCAGGAGCCAAUGCAGAUUGCUCGAAAUUAUAAUGAAUAGUCUCGUCACAAGUUGUGCCAGGAUGGAUCUACUGUGAUGAAGAGGCAGUGCCACCAAAUGACAUCAAUGUCGCUUGAUCGCUCGCGCAGUGCAACAAAUGCAAUUCAGUUCAAAAGUUGUGACGCUCACAUUGAAGAUCGCAAAAGGUGAAAUGGUGAUUUUUAUUGGAACAUCCAGAAAGAUUGUAAGUGUAACCGUGUCGCCAGCAGAU